AUGGCCUUCUCCGGCUGCAGCAUCACCAGCGGACUCGGCCGCGGCCUGGUGACGGACACCGGCAUGAACACCCGUAUCGGCCGCAUUGCCAAGCUCAUCUCCGGCGAGGAUGGUGGACAGAAGACCACGUGCUUCUGCUUCCCAGACACAUCCGGAAAUCAGACGCCGCUGCAGCAAAACCUCAACAAGUUAGGCGCCCGCAUUGGCGUCCUGGCAAUCGUCAUCUGCGUCGGCAUCUUCAUCAUCGGCUGGGUCACGGACCGCAAGGAUCCUUCGAAUCCCGAGAGCGCUGCCACUUUGGGCGCACCGCGCAUGCUCGAGCUGCAAGCUGAGGCUUGGCUCUACAUGAUCCUCGUGUCCGUCACCCUGGCAGUGGCCGCCAUCCCGGAAGGCAUCCCGCUCUGCGUGACGAUCUCAUUGUCGAUCGGCUGCUCGGAGCCCCGGCUACCGAAAGUGGUGGGAUCUCAGGUCAACCAGGAGGUGCUGGUCCGAAAGCUGGCGGCCGUCGAGACCUUGGGCUCUGCCUCCGUCAUCUGCAGCGACAAGACAGGAACCCUCACUGAAGGCAAGAUGACCAUGGUUGGCAUGUACACAGCGGGCGUCACCUACGACGUGACCGGCAAGGGUUUCGACCCGGAGGUGGGUCAAGUGCAGCGCAGUGGCAGCAACGCGGACAGCGGCAAGGACAUGGGCGUGAAGAGCAACCUCCUCACAGCCAUCCUUUGCUGCAACACCACGUUGUCCAAAGAGAAGGAUGAGGACGGAGUGAUGAAGUGGACGCCCAAGGGCAACUCCUCCGAAGCGCCGAUCGUGGUUGCAGCGCGCAAGGUGGGGCUCUCCGAGACGAUCGCCAGCGACACGGCUUGCAUCGGGCAUGGGGAGCACUGCGCCACCUGGAUGCUGGAUGGAGGGAAAUGGAGCGUGCAACGAUGCGAGUACCCGCGCGUUCUGGAGGUGCCCUUCUCGUCCUCCCGUAAGAUGAUGCUCACCGUGUCGAAGGUGAAGGGCACCGAGCUUUGCCCGGGCGGUAUGCCUCUGCCAGCAGGCCACGCUCCCAACUACAUCAUCGACCUUUGCUCGGAGCAGCUGAAGGAGGAUGGCAGUGUCGCCAAGCUGACGGACGAUGACAAGAAGGAGAUCCUGAAGAUUGUGGACGGCUACUCCGCUCGCGCCCUCCGAGUGCUGGCCAUUGCUGCGAGGCCCAUGAGCUCCCUUCCGUACGACGAGAACAACGAGGAUAUCUCCACGGACCAGAAGUUCGAAGCCUGCCGAAAGCAGCUGCGUUUGAUCGGACUGGUUGCAUCCAUCGAUCCCGAGAGCAGCUCGUCUACAAACACCUAG